AUGGACGCUGAGCUGGAAGCGUUGGUACAAGGGUGUGAAGUAUGCCAAGUAGUCCGACCAACACCCCCCACGGCUCCACUGCAUCCGUGGCCAUGGGCGAGUCGUGUGUGGCAGAGGGUACACAUAGAUUUUGCAGAGAAGGGAGGGGUUUCCUACCUUGUGUUAGUUGACGCGAACUCAAAGUGGAUAGAAGUAGAGCAGAUGCGGUCCACGACAACCGAACGUACCAUUGAAGUGUUGCGAGCUUGGUUCGCACGGUUUGGGCUACCGGAGGAACUGUGUUCCGACAACGGGCCACAAUUCAUUUCCGCAGAGUUCAAACAAUUCCUCAGCCAGAAUGGCAUCAGACACAAGCUCAGCCCACCCUACCACCCCGCCACGAACGGGGCGGCAGAGCGCGCCGUACAAACGGUAAAAAAGGCACUGAGUAAAGAAAUGGAAAGGGUCAGUAGAGAGGGCGGAAAACGGACAGACUCUCAUGUUCUGGCAAGCUUUCUGAUCAGGUACCGAAACACACCACACUCUGUGACUAAACAAACACCAGCCGAGCUAUUUCUGAAGCGGAAAAUGCGCACAAAAUUCACAAACUUGAUUCCCUCAUUGGAGGACCACAUGUCGAAACAGCAACAGAAGCAAAUAGAGUUUCAUGACCGGAGCAGAGUGGAGUUGAGGGAGUUUGGUCCUACGGAGAUAGUCAGUGUGAGUGUGAAAGGAGACCCCAGAAAGAGGGUUCUGGGUACAGUGGUUAAAGCCAUGGGCCCGCGGAGUUACCUUAUCAGAAUAGGGAGACAACUGCGACAUGUGCAUGUAGACCAUUUGGCGCGAACCCGGUGCAAGGAGGCAGACCUUCCGGAGGAAGAACCGUUUGAAUUUGAACCAUUCGGUGACCAGGAGUCUAUGCCGAAAGCAAACAGGAGUGUUGAAACUAGCACUGCUAGCCGCGGCCAGGCGGAGUCCGUAGCACCUGAAAUUGGGGCCAGUCCCCAGAGUCAGCCGACUCGUACACCUGAGCGAAAUUCUGGUGCAGAGAUUCCGUCAAGUCCUCGAGCGACACCGGUCCGCCGAUCCCGUAGAGUGACAAAACCCCCAAAUAGGCUAAAUCUGUAG